UGAUCCGUGUGUGUGUGUGUGUGUGUGUGUGCGUGUGUGUGUGGAGCGGAGAGAGAAACCGGGUACGCGCGUAUGCGCGCGCGCGUGGGGGGCAGUGUGCAUGCGGGGAGUACGGGGGAGUGUGUUUGUGUGUGCGUGUGGGUGUGAGUGCCUGGCUCCCUCUCGCUGAGACACACAUACACUCACACAUACACAACCCGGCAGGCUCGUCUGAACUUGAAGACACCCCACAUUCCAAGAUGCCCGAGGUUCCUGGGAAUGCCUGGGGUUCUUCGAUCCGGAAAAUCCUACCGGCAUCCUCCUAGGGAGGGAUUAUUAUUAUUAUUAUUUUUCUUUAAUCUGGAAGAGAAGAGAACAAGUUGUGCUUUUCCCCCCUUCUUCUUGCUAAAUGCCAUGGAUAUAACUGAAUAAGCGGCUCAGGGCUUUCCCCGCGUGGACGUCCGAGGCCACCAUCUGCCUGCAUUCGCCGGAGCCACCGGAGGGUUUAGCUCGAGUCUGUCUCGGGCGGGGAAGGAUGCGUGGCCGAGCCGGGGAGCCCGGGCGCCCCGCGGAGCCGGCCUCGGUGCCUCCCAGCCGGGGGUAGAUGCUGCCUCGCCCAGGCGCUGAGUGACCAGACCAUGGAGACCCUGCUUGGUGGCCUGCUAGCGUUUGGCAUGGCGUUUGCCGUGGUCGACGCCUGCCCCAAGUACUGUGUCUGCCAGAACCUGUCUGAGUCACUGGGGACCCUGUGCCCCUCCAAGGGGCUGCUUUUUGUACCCCCUGAUAUUGACCGGCGGACAGUGGAGCUGCGCCUGGGCGGCAACUUCAUCAUCCACAUCAGCCGCCAGGACUUUGCCAACAUGACGGGACUGGUGGACCUGACCCUGUCCAGGAACACCAUCAGCCACAUCCAGCCCUUUUCCUUUCUGGACCUCGAGAGCCUCCGCUCCCUGCAUCUUGACAGCAAUCGGCUGCCAAGCCUUGGGGAGGACACCCUCCGGGGCCUGGUCAACCUGCAGCACCUUAUCGUGAACAACAACCAGCUGGGCGGCAUUGCAGAUGAGGCUUUUGAGGACUUCCUGCUGACAUUGGAGGAUCUGGACCUCUCCUACAACAACCUCCAUGGCCUGCCGUGGGACUCCGUGCGACGCAUGGUCAACCUCCACCAGCUGAGCCUGGACCACAACCUGCUGGAUCACAUCGCCGAGGGCACCUUUGCAGACCUGCAGAAACUGGCCCGCCUGGAUCUCACCUCCAAUCGGCUGCAGAAGCUGCCCCCUGAUCCCAUCUUUGCCCGCUCCCAGGCUUCGGCUUUGACAGCCACACCUUUUGCCCCGCCCUUGUCCUUUAGUUUUGGGGGUAACCCACUUCACUGCAAUUGUGAGCUUCUCUGGCUGCGGAGGCUCGAGCGGGACGAUGACCUGGAAACCUGUGGCUCCCCGGGGGGCCUCAAGGGUCGCUACUUCUGGCAUGUGCGUGAGGAGGAGUUUGUGUGUGAGCCGCCUCUCAUCACCCAGCACACACACAAGUUGCUGGUUCUGGAGGGCCAGGCGGCCACACUCAAGUGCAAAGCCAUUGGGGACCCCAGCCCCCUUAUCCACUGGGUAGCCCCCGAUGACCGCCUGGUAGGGAACUCCUCAAGGACCGCUGUCUAUGACAAUGGCACCCUGGACAUCUUCAUCACCACAUCUCAGGACAGUGGUGCCUUCACCUGCAUUGCUGCCAAUGCUGCCGGAGAGGCCACGGCCACGGUGGAGGUCUCCAUCGUCCAGCUGCCACACCUCAGCAACAGCACCAGCCGCACUGCACCCCCGAAGUCCCGCCUCUCAGACAUCACUGGCUCCAGCAAGACCAGCCGGGGAGGUGGAGGCAGUGGGGGCGGAGAGCCUCCCAAAAGCCCCCCGGAACGGGCUGUGCUUGUGUCUGAAGUGACCACCACCUCGGCCCUGGUCAAGUGGUCUGUCAGCAAGUCAGCACCCCGGGUGAAGAUGUACCAGCUGCAGUACAACUGCUCUGACGAUGAGGUACUGAUUUACAGGAUGAUCCCAGCCUCCAACAAGGCCUUCGUGGUCAACAACCUGGUGUCAGGGACUGGCUACGACUUGUGUGUGCUGGCCAUGUGGGAUGACACAGCCACGACACUCACGGCCACCAACAUUGUGGGCUGCGCCCAGUUCUUCACCAAGGCUGACUACCCACAGUGCCAGUCCAUGCACAGCCAGAUCCUGGGCGGCACCAUGAUCCUGGUCAUCGGGGGCAUCAUCGUGGCCACGCUACUGGUCUUCAUCGUCAUCCUCAUGGUGCGCUACAAGGUCUGCAACCACGAGGCCCCCAGCAAGAUGGCAGCGGCCGUGAGCAAUGUGUACUCGCAGACCAACGGCACCCAGCCACCGCCUCCAAGCAGCGCACCAGCCGGGGCCCCGCCGCAGGGCCCGCCCAAGGUGGUGGUGCGCAACGAGCUCCUGGACUUCACCGCCAGCCUGGCCCGCGCCAGUGACUCCUCUUCCUCCAGCUCCCUGGGCAGUGGGGAGGCCGCAGGGCUGGGACGGGCCCCCUGGAGGCUCCCACCCUCCGCCCCGCGCCCCAAGCCCAGCCUUGACCGCCUGAUGGGGGCCUUCGCCUCCCUGGACCUCAAGAGUCAGAGAAAGGAGGAGCUGCUGGACUCCAGGACUCCAGCCGGGAGAGGGGCUGGGACGUCGGCCCGGGGCCACCACUCGGACCGAGAGCCACUGCUGGGGCCCCCUGCGGCCCGGGCCAGGAGCCUGCUCCCCUUGCCCUUGGAGGGCAAGGCCAAACGCAGCCACUCCUUCGACAUGGGGGACUUUGCUGCUGCGGCGGCGGGAGGGGUCGUGCCGGGCGGCUACAGUCCCCCUCGGAAGGUCUCGAACAUCUGGACGAAGCGCAGCCUUUCUGUCAACGGCAUGCUCUUGCCCUUUGAGGAGAGUGACCUGGUGGGGGCCCGGGGGACUUUUGGCAGCUCCGAAUGGGUGAUGGAGAGCACGGUCUAGGUGGGGGUGGGCAUGCUCCCUUUCCUGUGCGCAGGGUGGGAGAAGGGGAAAGAAUCUCACUGGCAAGUGUUUGUGGAGUUUCCAUGGUGAUGUUUACAUCCAGGGACAGUUUCGUCUCCCUGUCAAUGGCCUCGUGUCCCCCCCACCCCCCAACACCCACAUCACCUCCCCACCACCCGGCCGGGGUUUGCUCAGGGAAUGUGGACUCGCUCAAAUGCCGGACUGAGCCCUGAGUGUUUGGAAAGGCGAGACUCCGCCUUUCUAAUCACAAAUGUAGCCUACAAGCAAGCGGCUUUGGAUUGCUUAUGGGUCUAGUGUUGUUUUUAUUUCUUAAUUUAUUUUUUUUUCCAUUUCCCAGACUCCUCCUCUUCAUUCACACGAAUAAUCGAGAGUUAAUCGUACAUAUGAAUGUGUGUUCCCAGCAGCCCUGGUAGUGGGUAAUUGUUGCCAAUUGACAAGAGGAGGGAAUUAUUCUGUUUCCACACUUGUUUGGGGGAAGACUGUGGGGUUCCCUGCUCAGAGCUCUCAUUACUCCCAACCACCCCCCACCCGACACUGGAAGGGGUGAGCGACUGACCCCCGAUACCUGACCUAGUUUCCUUUGCUUCUCAAACAUGACAUGCCACACCCAUCACAGAAGCUUAAACCAGAAGGGUAAUUUCCUGGGUUCUUACGUGUGGGGAGGGAGGAGGGCUUCAUGCUAUAGGGCACAAGGGAUCUUAACUUCUGGAGUUGCUUUGGGCUUGUUGCCACUCUUUCUGGGAAGCUGGCAUGGAAAGUCCCCCUUGAGCAUGUGGCAGGCCAGGAGGGCUUCUCUUAAGGAAAGCAGCAGGGGGUGGCAGAAACAGCAGUGGACUUGGAGUCCGAAGUUCUGUGUCUGGGCUCCAUAGUCACAUGAAUAGCCAGCUGAAUAACUGGGGCAAGACCAUUUUAUCUGUUGGGACCUGAAUUUCUCAAUUUGCAAAAAUACUGGGAUUGUACUAGGUCUCCAGUCCCUUUCCAGUUCUAUGGGCCUAUUAAUUAUUCAUGACUCUAGAUGUUAGGCUUUUUUGCUUAGUGACACCAGAAGCACAAGCUGGUUACAGCAGUCCCCCUCCUUUUUACUGGACACAGAGAAUUCUAGAAGCCUUGGAGGAGGAAAGCUGAAUCUUUUUAGAAUCAUAGGCUUUUGAGGCUUGGGGAGGUGUUUGCAAUCAUCCCAUCUUUAACCCUCCCUCUCCCUUCCAGAGAGCAUAAAGGAAUUGCCCAGGGUCACACAGUGAGUUCAUGACCAGGUCAGGGUAGAAGCCAAGGCCACCUGCCUCCUGGCAGUGGUAUUUGGGAUCCAUGACCCUGUCUUCACUCUGCCUAGGGCUUUUCUGUGUCCAAAGGCUGUCCCAUGUUUGUUUCUUAAGAAAGUGGCUCAGGGUGGGAUGGGGGGGAUGCCUGCUCUUGUUUUCUUGAGGAGGGUCCAUCCUUGGAAAUUACAGGGUGGAAUGGGAGGGGUGCAUAGGCUCCUUUCCAUCUAGGGAUAACCCCUCCCCGCCAGACAGUGGCAAGAGGAGGGGAAGAGGAGAUGUGCCCACGGAGAACCUGCUGUAGACAGAUUGGAAUGACUUUCCCCGGCAUCCCUGUCCCGUGUCUACUCAUCAGCAACUCACUACCUCUCCCUCAGUCUCUCCAACUCAUUCUUUCCUCUCCCAACUCCUUCCAUAGGCCUCUAUUUUCUCUCUUUUGUUCUUCCUUCUUCCACUUGCCAACCACGCAGCCCACCAAGCAUACAGGCAAGACCAUUCUGGACCAAAAAGUUCCAAUGGCCUCAGACCUGGACCCGAGCUGCUGGCCCCCAACCCCACUCUGGAACACACAAGGAGGGAUUUGCAACUGUCUAUGAAGAAUUACCUUUGGCUCUAGUCCCAGAGCCUCCAAAUCCCAGGCCUUCCUCCUUCCUCACUCUCCUCCCUCCCCUCUCUUCUCUUCAUCCUUCUUUUUUUUUCUCCUUUUACUCUCUGCCUUUCCCAGUCCCUUCCUGGUCCUGACAAGGUCACUAACAGAUCAGGCCAGUCCCUCCUGAGACCUCAAGUUAUAAUAAUUUUCGAGGCCAGUCCCAGGGCUGAAGCACAUCCUUUCUAUGGUCACAGAAGCACCCACAGAAUUGGGUAACUUGAAAGGAAAUCUCUUCCACCCUUUCUCUUUUCCCUUCCUGUUUUUUCCUCUUCUCUUUUCUCCCUCCUCAUCUUUCUCAUUCAUCCUUUCAAACUAUAGCCAUUGUGGAAGUGGUCCCAAAUACCAGCUUUCUUUUUUGCCUUUGGAUUCAGACACACAGAGGGAAGGUGGUGAACAGUGGAAGGAACCAACUGACUGUCUAUUCUCCUCAGCGGUUCCGAGUUCUAUCGUGACAUGAUAUGUACUUGCUCUUGUGUUUGUCAUGUCUCUGACUUGGAGUUUGGGAAAGCAGCAUCCCUGUGGUCAGAAUAUAAAUGCCAAUCUUCUCCUUUGCUAGAAAAAAAUGUACAGUAAAAUGUACAGUUUUAAAAACAACCACUAACCACACUCCUUGGGCGGGAGAAAAAAAGAACAUUCUUAUGUCUGUGAAUGUCUGCUGUUCAUUUCUCUGGAAACUCUGGGGUUUUCUAAAGAUGGCUUUGACGUGGCAUUUUCUCUUGCACCUGUGUUUGUUACUGCCUGGUGGGAGCCUGCUUCUUGCCAAGUUCAUGUAUAAGGUGGGGGAAUCUUCUGAAAUAAUAGAAAAUGGGAUCAUCUUCCCAGAGUAAAGAAAGGUAGAGAAAUCUGAAGUGAAGCUUCAGGCUAAGAAAAGAACAGUCCAUCCCCAGCUGUCCUGACUGUCCUACCUGACAUCUCCAUUCUCUGAUAUACCAGCCCUACCAAUUUUUCCUGGACUGUGGUCACCACAGCACCUGACUACUAGGGGCAUGUAGGUAUCUUCUACCCAUUUUGGUUGAGCCCUGGAUGGUAUUUUUUUCAAAAGGUCUUUUACUGGGAAACGAUGGGAGAACAAACCAAAACCCAAACUCAAGGUAUAGAAACAAACAUGCUUCUGGAACACAGCUUCCCAACCUUGUCUUUUCUAGUAUCUAGAUCAGCGCUGUCCAAUAGAAUAAAAUGUAAGCCACACUGUAAUUUUAAAUUUUCCAGUAGCCAUGUUGAAUCAAAUAUAAAGAAACAAGUGGAAUUAAUUUUAAUCUUAUAUUUUAACUCAAUAUAUCCAAAAUAUUGUUGUAACAUGUAAUCACUCAAAUUAUUAGUAAGUUAUUUUAUGGUAUUUUUUGGUACAAAGUUUUAGAAUCUGAUUUGUAUUUUACAUAGAUGGCAUAUAUCAAUUCAGAUGAGCCCUCUUUAAAGUAUUUUACAUGUAUGACACAUAUCAAUUCAGACUAGCCCUCUUUAAAGUACUUGAGAGCCAUAUGUGGCUAGUACUGGCCACUGUACCAGACAGUGCGACUCUA